AAACCGGAAGCAGUUAUGUGAAUACGCCGGUUGUGUUGCAAGAUUGUUUCCUUUUCCGGAGCCGUUUAGGUGCAAGAUGGCGGUUCAAAUCUCAAAGAAGAGGAAGUUUGUGGCAGAUGGCAUUUUCAAGGCUGAACUUAACGAAUUUCUAACUCGAGAGCUGGCUGAAGAUGGUUAUUCUGGUGUUGAAGUGCGUGUUACUCCGACAAGAACAGAGAUAAUCAUCCUUGCUACCAGAACUCAAAAUGUUCUUGGUGAAAAGGGACGCCGUAUUAGAGAAUUAACAGCUGUUGUUCAGAAGAGGUUUGGAUUUCCUGAAGGCAGUGUUGAGCUGUAUGCAGAGAAAGUUGCUACCAGGGGGUUGUGUGCCAUUGCCCAGGCAGAGUCUCUACGCUACAAACUCUUGGGAGGGCUGGCAGUUCGUAGAGCCUGCUAUGGUGUUCUACGUUUCAUCAUGGAGAGUGGAGCCAAGGGAUGUGAAGUUGUAGUUUCUGGCAAGCUUAGAGGCCAGAGGGCCAAAUCCAUGAAAUUCGUGGAUGGCUUGAUGAUCCACAGUGGUGAUCCUGUUAAUUACUAUGUAGAUACAGCUGUACGCCAUGUUCUUCUCAGACAAGGUGUAUUGGGCAUCAAAGUCAAAAUCAUGUUGCCUUGGGACCCAAGUGGUAAGAUUGGCCCUAAGAAGCCUCUGCCUGAUCAUGUUAGCAUUGUUGAGCCUAAGGAGGAGAUCUUGCCUACAACCCCCAUCUCAGAACAGAAGGGAACCAAACCAGAGCCACCUGCUAUGCCACAGCCUGUCCCAACUGCUUGAAGGGUCUUCAACAUUUGGGAAGAUCCUAACUUGCAGAUUCUCAAUAAAACUGUAAAACUAAAA